AUGUCCGGCCGGUUCGACCCGACCCGGACGUCCAAGGUGGAGGUCACCAAGGUUCAAGUCGCCCAGCGGGUGAACUUUGUCUCCCAGGCGAAGUUGCCCGACAACUGGGACUGGGGGAUGGAGCCCUACAGCCGGAAGGAGCUACCGCCUCAGCUUUUCGCCCGGCAGCAGGUUGAAGAUGGCAACCUGGAGUCGAAGCAGUGGACGCCGGAUCAUGUUGAUCCGGCCGACCAAGCCGGCGACGACGAGAGCCCGGAGGCGGCUGAGGAAGCCGCCCAUGGGCAAAACGAUCCGCCACCGUCUCCGCAGCAGCAGGAGGAGGAGCAGGAGGAGGAGCAGGCGCCGUCCGCCUCAGCGCCGCUCCGCGCGGUGCCUCUGUCGGUGAGGCUGCCUCCGGCUUCGACGACUUCCUCAUCUGCGCCCAAGGGGCGCAAGCGGCCCAGCGAGUGGACCACCGCCCAACUGGAGGCGAAGCUGAAGAAGCAGCCGGGUGGGGCCGAAGAAGGUUCCGGAAGCGACCUGGGCCGCUAUAAAGUUUUCCAAGGGCAUCGGCUCGGGACCAGCCUCGAGCAUCGUGUCGCCGCUUCAGCGACAGAGGAGGGAGCCGACUCCGCAGCCUCCGCCGCGUUUGCGCACGCCGCCCGUCAUCACGCCGCCUGCUGCGAGGGCGGGUACUUCAACUGCGCCUUCGCCGGGUGCACCCGGCUCCCGAACCGGCCUAUAGCGCCCGCGGCCGGAGCCGGCAGGGCCGCGCCUGACGUCGUCGUCCUCGGCACCAGCUCGGACGACGCGCCGGCCCCGCCGGAAUCUACCAUCCCCACUGGGCCGACAGGCACUGCUGCGCUGCCUCCAGCUUCGGAGCCGACCAGGGAGGAUCCGGUGAGCCAGGAGAUGGCCCGUCCGGCUGAUGCUGACGCCAGGGCGCUAGUGAAGGCAAAAGGCCCGGCGCAGGCGCCUCAGGGGCCGACGCAGCCGGUGGUCAGCCUCCACGUUUCUCCGGCCGCCUCGUUGUUGAACGUGGCGUCCGCCCCCGACUCCAGCCUCGGCUCAGCCGGCACCAUGGAGAAGGAAUGGCACCAGGCGGACGUCAGCAAGGCCUCAGCCGCCGAGAUCGAGAACCGCCUGCAGCGGGUGGAGGCGGCCGGCAAGACGGUGACGGACAGGCGGACUGCCCUGUACAACCGGCUCGUGGCCAGCUACCACAAGGCCAAGACCGAGCGGGGCGAUAUGGCCCGUGAGCUCGAGGUUGCCAAGGCUGCUGCCGCUCGGGUCCCUCAACUGGAGGAAGAUCUUCGGGCCGCCCGCACCCGAUGCGCUGAGAGCGAGAAGGCGGCCCAGGCAGCAGCCGCCAAGGCGCUGGAGACUGAGGGGGAGCUGACGCGGUUGCGCCGACUUGAGGCCAACCAUCUCACCGAGCUUGAAGCUGCCAAGCAGGUUGGGCGAGAGGAGGUGGCGGACCUCAGCAAGCGGCUGGAGGAGGUGGACCAGCAGCGCCUGGCGCUUCGUGAAGAGGUGACCUCCAAGUCGAACGAGCUAUCGGCUAUCGCCAAGCGCUGGGUGAAAGAGAUUAGCGCCCUCGACCGCGGCUUGGCGGCGGCCUUCCCUGAAGCGCAGGCGGUAGCACUAGAGGCGGCAGGCAGGGCGCGGGAGGCCCGGAGGCAGGCCACAGGCGAGGAGAGCUCUGAUCACUUCUCCAUGGAUGACUAUCUGGCGUCCAUGGCCGCCCGCGUCGAGCCGAUAACCCUGCUGGGCUACGAGCUCCGGAAGGCGGCCGAGGAGCUGUUCCGGCUGCUUUGGCCAACGGAGACGCUGCCGGGCGAGCUCACCAAGCUCAUCAACUGGCUCGAGAAGGCUCCUGACCGCUUCCUCGACUGGAAGGAUUCGGCCGCGCGUGCCGUAGCCGACAUGGCGUUGUCCUUCAUGCUUUCCUGGUAUGACGAGGUCAGCCUUGACCAGCUGGAGCACCAGCGGGCCGACGUGGAGGACAAGCUCAGCGCGGAGAACAAGACCGCCUGGCUCGCCCGCGCCUGCGCCAUCGCUGACUUCGUCAACAAGGGCACCUUCAUCGAGGAUCCAAACCCUCCUGAAGAGGACGAGGAUGAGGAGUCUGAUGAUGAAGAGAUGGAGGACGCGCCGGAUGCGCCAGAGGCGGACCCGGCGGCCGGCUCGACAGACGCUCCCCCGGCUGGUCCUCCUCCAGCCGGCGCUUAG